UUAAUAUAUAGUGUCUUCCUCUGUAAAUACCUCUUUUAAUGUAGCCAAUUCACAUCAUCUCUACUUGCAAAGCAAAGCCCUAAAAUAUCUGUUUCUAAUCUUUAUGGCUGCAUCAAACCAGCUCCAAAUUGUGAUCCCUAACGACCUCCCCAAAAUGGAGGAAGAAAUCGACUACUCCGAAAGGGCACAGUGGCUCCGAGCGGCGGUGCUCGGAGCCAACGACGGCUUGGUCACCAUUGCAUCACUGAUUCUUGGAGUCGGAGCCCUCAAACACGAAGCCAAGGCCAUAAUCCUAACGGGCUUCGCCGGACUUUUCGCCGGAGCUUGCAGCAUGGCCAUCGGGGAGUUCGUGUCGGUGUACACACAGCUGGACAUAGAGAAAGGCCAGAGGAAGAGAGAGAAAGGGAUGGGACUAGAGGAGAGGGAGAAGCUUCCGAACCCUUGGCAGGCCGCGGGGGCUUCGGCCCUCGCCUUCUCGCUGGGGGCCGUUGUGCCGUUGCUUCCUGCCGCCUUCAUUGCGGAUCACAGGGUCAGGAUGGGGGUGGUGGUGGCGGCCACCACGUUGGGGUUGGCGGGGUUCGGAGGUGUCGGGGCGGCGCUGGGGAGGACUAAGGUGGUGAGGUCUUGUGUGAGGGUGGUGGUGGGAGGGUGGAUGGCCAUGGCUAUCACAUUUGGUCUCACUAAGUUGAUUGGCUCUAGUGGAUUUGGAGUCUGACUAGUAAUAAGCGCAACUUAGUUGGUAAGGUAAGAAGCUAGAGUCAAUUAUUAUGGAUGAGGAUAUGAGUGACUAAUAAAAUAUGCAUUGGCACACAAACUUAAUUGGUGUAUAUGCAUGCUAUCUAUAUAUGUACGUACUUUGUAGGAAAAAAAUUGGCUAGUCUUGUAUGGAAGUCAUAAGCUUAAUGUAUUUAUAAG